AUGGAGACCAGGAGCGCAAAGGGAUCGUCUGUUGUCCUCUUUGGCUUGUCGUUCAACUUAAUGCUGACGUUGGCUUCACUUGGUUUCACGUGUUAUUCUUUGAAUCGAUUUGAUUCGCGUCUAACAGCAGUUGAACAGGAUUUGCUAGCUACAAAUAGUCCAUCUCGGCUUGCCGAUGGCGUGAUUGUUGAACCAACAUCUACGCAUUCACCUCUAAGUGGGCCGCAAAAGAAGAAAAAUGUCGCCAAAAGAGCUGCCGAUAAUACAUCUAUGUGCCGCAAAUGCAGCAGUGCCUGUUUAAACUUGAAUGUGCAUCGAAGCAACUUGACAGUGGAAGGUAGUCAGGAAAAGAUAGUUUGCAUGGAAGGACCUAGAGGGCCCCCAGGCCCUCCCGGUUCGUCUGGACCUACUGGUCCCCAGGGCCCUCCCGGACCAAGUGGUAAAAGAGGAAGAAAGGGAACUGCGGGUGCACCUGGACGUCAGGGAAAACGAGGCAGCAGAGGAUUACCAGGACCCCCCGGACCUGCAGGCCCGCCUGGUAAAGCAACACAUCGUGAAGCAAGUCCCAGUGAUGGCCGCCAGUUAGAAUCACCACGCUUUGUUGCAAAACCCUCUCCUUCCAUGACAGUGAAAGAGAAACAAAGAGUGGUAUUACCUUGCAAAGCAGGUGGGUUCCCACCGCCGGUGAUCACGUGGUAUAAAGACGGUCAAGUGAUAGAAGAAGAACGGAAACAAUUUAAGAAAAGAAAUUUGGAAAUAAAGAGCAUUUUGUUCGAAGAUCAUGGCAUGUACACAUGCACAGCGGAGAAUUUGUUGGGCAGAGUCCAGUUAUCAGUUAAUAUAACUGUAAAAGUACCAGCAAAAUUUAUCACAGAACCGAAGCGGUCUGUGAUUGGUUACAAAAACUGGGACACAAUUCUCAAAUGUGAUAUCUUUGGUUACCCUUCACCUGUGAUUACGUGGACAAGAUCACGCAACCAACUUCCCAUCAACCGACAUGUCAUUGAUGGCGACACACUUACGAUUAAAAACACGACGGAGGACGAUGGCGGUGCUUACCUAUGUGAAGGAGAGAAUCAACUUGGGAGCGUCAUAGCAGUAACAUGGAUUAUUGUAAAAGAUGUUGUGAAUCCUUUUAUUGUGGCGCGCCCUUCCAGUGAGGUUCAAGUGCAGAAUGUCGGUGACUCUGUCAAGUUCAAUUGUUCUGCUCGUGGUUCGCCGCUGCCUAAAGUCAAAUGGUUCAAGGAUGGACGACGAGUUGUUUCCAAGGCAAAACAUGACGGGAAAGAUGUAAUAACGAGUGAAUUUGGCAUCCGCCACUUUAAGCCGAGUGACGCUGGAACCUACACGUGUCUGUUUUAUAACGAUAAGAAUUGGACAACGGAAGCCAACACAAGCUUGAGUACGUAG